AUGAAUGAAAAUGACAUUUUGUACUAUUGCCAUGCCUGCAAGACUUAUGAAGAAACACACAUCAAUUGGGCUUGUCUCAAUUGCGGCAAAUCUCCCUUCAUCGAAUCUGUCCCGAAAUACCCAAAUCGCACAAUAGACGAGUUGCCACAAAUGCCGCGAAUUCUUAAUGCAGAAGAAAUGAUUGCAGAGCUAGCAAAAGUGAUCGAUCGACUGCAAAACAUCACUUUUCGAGAAUAUUUUUUGGAGGAUGAAAAGCUCAACUUUCCAAAGGACUGUGCGAUCUGCUUGAAUCCGUUUAUCAAUGAUGAGUCUCUCGUGCAGCUCAAAAACUGCGACCAUAUUUUCCACAAGUCAUGUGUCCUGAAUGCAGUAAAAUACUGCAACGCCUGCCCUCUCUGCAAACGCCCAGCUAUUACGUCUUCUUAA